AUGUCAUCUCCUUUUUCUUGUUUCGUCCUCAGAGAUAAGAAAGGAAGAGCACAUACUUUGGAGAUCACGUUGCCUAGAAACUAUCCUCACAGCUCUCCUUCGAUUUUCGUUGAUGUUCCUUACAUCAUUGAGUUUGAGUGGUCAAAAAACUCCAGAUUGAAAGAUAUUGUGAGGCAAUUCAACAAGCACUUAGAGAAGUUGCAGGAGUUUUGGUCUACCAUGGAUGAAAUUGAUAGGUCUCUUUGGGUUAUGGACCCAAAACAACCAUCUAAUGCUGCAUCACACCGGCGGAUUAACCUUGGAAACGAGUGCUAUCUUUUAUUAUCUAUUGAUGCUCAUAAUUAA